ACAAGAUGGGCAUAGGCUGGGGGGUACGAAUACCACUAUGGAUACCAAUAUUAGUGAUCACCUUUAUGCAGAACAAAGUUAAAGCCCAAUAUGAGGACCAACAAGAAAAUUUUGAUGACUAUAAUUAUGUCCAGCAGGGACAAGACUAUUUUUCUGUACCAGUAACUAAACCACAAGAAGUGACAAUCAUCCAACCACUGAGAACGACGCUGCCUGUAAAGCCUGGCAACCCUGCUCACAAUGAACGUGUGUGCAGCACCUGGGGCAACUUUCACUUCAAGACCUUUGAUGGGGACAUCUAUCACUUCCCUGGGCUCUGUAACUACGUCUUUGCAUCCCACUGCAAAUCUGCCUACGAGGACUUCAACAUCCAGAUCAGGCGCACUGUGCUGGAAAACUCUCCUGUGAUCAGCCAUAUCACCCUGAAGCUUGACGGAGUGGUGAUUGAACUGACCUCAGACUCCAUUGUGGUCAAUGAAAACCCAAUUCAGCUGCCUUUCAGCCAGUCAGGAAUCCUGAUAGAGAGAAGUAGCGGCUAUUUGAAAAUCACUGCCAAGAUGGGUCUGGUCUUCAUGUGGAACCAACUGGAUGGUCUUCUGGUGGAACUGGAUAAGAAAUAUGCCAAUCAGACCUGUGGGCUUUGUGGGGACUUCAAUGGCAUUCCAAAUUACAAUGAGUUCACAUCAAACGACAUCAAGCUGACUGACGUGCAGUUUGGGAAUAUGCAGAAGAUGGACGGACCCACAGAGCAAUGCGAGGAUCCUACAUCUUCUUCUCUUACAAACUGCUCUACUGAAUUUAGAGCUAUCUGCCAGGCGGUAUUGACUGGUAAAGCAUUUGUGAGCUGCAAUGCACUGGUGGAUGUUCAAGACUAUAUUGACUCUUGCAUACAAGACUCGUGCCGCUGUGAUGAGUCUAUGAGUGACUUCUGCAUCUGUAACACCUUUGCUGAAUACUCCCGGCAGUGCGCCCAUGCUGGUGGACAACCUCUGAACUGGAGAACUAAAGAACUGUGCAACAAGACGUGCCCUUAUAACAUGCAGCACGAGGAAUGUGGCUCACCCUGUGCUAACACCUGCACCAACCCUGAAAGGUCAGCCCUUUGUGAAGAUCACUGUACCGAUGGCUGCGUCUGCCCCCCAGGAACCGUGUUUGAUGACAUUAACAGCUCUGGCUGUGUCCCUCUCAGCAAGUGCUACUGUACCUACAAAGGUGAAACGUAUAGUCCAGGUGCUUCUUUUACAUCCCAGUGCACUUCAUGUACCUGUACUGGAGGCCAGUGGAGUUGUGUCAGCCUUUCAUGCCCUGGGACUUGCUCCAUUGAAGGAGGUUCCCACAUCUCCACAUUUGAUGAGAAACAUUAUUCCUUCUUUGGAGACUGUAGCUAUAUCCUGACAAAGCUCUGUGACAGCGAUGCCUUCACCGUUCUAGGAGAAGUCCGCAAAUGUGGCCUAACUGACACCGAGACAUGCCUGAAAGGUGUAGCCAUAAGCAUAAGUGGAGGACAAACUAUCGUUGUGAUCAAACCUUCUGGCAGCGUGUUUGUGAAUACGAUCUACACCCAGUUGCCCAUCUCUGCAGCCAAUGUUACCAUCUUCAGGCCUUCAUCAUUCUUCAUCAUUGUACAAACAAACUUUGGGCUUCAGCUUGAAAUCCAGCUCGUACCCAUCAUGCAACUCUUUGUAAGCUUGGACCCAUCCCACAAAGGGCAGACAUGUGGUCUUUGUGGAAACUUCAACGAUAUCCAGACAGAUGACUUCAAAGCCACAAGCGGUGUAGUGGAAGGAACAGCAGCCGCCUUUGCCAAUACCUGGAAAACCCAGGCUGAUUGCUCUAAUGUCAAAAACAUCUUUGAGAACCCCUGUACCCUCAGCAUAGAAAAUGAAAAAUACGCUCAGCACUGGUGCGGAUUGCUGACUGACACUCAAGGACCUUUUGCUGAAUGCCACUCAACAGUGAAUCCAGAUGUUUACCACACGAACUGUCUGUUUGACACCUGUAACUGUGAAAAGAGUGAGGAUUGUAUGUGUGCUGCCCUCUCUACCUAUGUCAGAGCCUGUGCUGCCAAAGGAGUCCUGUUGAGCGGAUGGAGGACCAAUGUCUGCACCAUAACUUCAUGCCCCAAAUCCCUGACGUACAGCUAUGUUGUCAAUUCCUGCCAACCCACUUGCCGAUCUUUGAGUGAGCCCGAUGUCACAUGCAACAUCAAGUUCACUCCAGUUGAUGGCUGCACCUGUGCAAAUGGAACUUACAUGGAUGAAAAUGGCAAAUGCGUGCCCGCUACUAGCUGUCCUUGUUAUUACAAAGGAUCUGUGCUACCUUCUGGAGAGGUUGUUCACGACAGUGGGGUCAUAUGCUCUUGCAUACAUGGAAAGCUGGACUGCGUUAGAGUGAAACCACAACCAGUCUGUGCAGCUCCCAUGGUCUACUUUGACUGCAGCAAUGUCACUGCAGGCACAAUUGGAUCCGAGUGCCAGAAGAGCUGUCAGACGCUUGACAUGGGCUGCUACAGCACACAGUGUGUCUCUGGCUGCGUGUGCCCUAAUGAUCUCGUGUCUGAUGGCAAAGGUGGCUGUGUAGCUGUGGGGGACUGUCCAUGUGUUCACAAUGAGGCCUCUUACAAUCCAGGAGAAACAAUCAAAGUCAGCUGUAACACAUGCACUUGUAAAAACAGAAUGUGGCAAUGCACCAAUGAAUCUUGCCUGGCAACCUGCUCAGUUUAUGGAGAUGGUCAUUACAUUACUUUUGAUGGCAAACGCUUCAGCUUUAGUGGAGAUUGCGAAUACACACUGGCCCAGGAUUACUGUGGUAAAAACAGUACCAGCCUUGGAACCUUCCGAGUUAUCACUGAGAACAUCCCCUGUGGAACCACUGGGACCACCUGCUCAAAGGCCAUUAAAGUCUUCCUACGGAACUAUGAACUGGUACUCAGUGAUGGAAAGUUUGAAGUGAUAGAGAAGGUCCGUGGAGGGGAAGUGCCAUACAAGGUCCGUUACAUGGGCAUCUACAUGGUGAUUGACACUGACACUGGGCUGAUUCUCAUGUGGGAUAAGAAAACCAGCAUAUUCAUCAAGCUCAGCCCAGAUUUUAAGGGUCAGGUCUGUGGCUUGUGUGGGAACUACGAUGGCAACGGCAUUAAUGACUUUACCACCAGAAGUCAGUCUGUGGUAGGAGAUGUGCUGGAGUUUGGAAACAGCUGGAAGGUUUCUCCGACUUGCCCAGAUGCCAAGAGCAACAAGGAUCCUUGCACUGCAAACCCUUAUAGGAACUCCUGGGCCCAGAAGCAGUGCAGCAUAAUCAACAGCAAAGUAUUUGCUGCCUGUCACUCUCAGGUUGAACCAAAUGAAUAUUAUGAAGCAUGCGUGACUGAUGCUUGUGCCUGUGACACUGGGGGAGAUUGUGAAUGUUUCUGUACAGCGGUGGCUUCAUAUGCUCAAGCAUGUAAUGAGGCUGGCAUUUGUGUUGCAUGGAGAACACCAUCUAUCUGUCCUCUGUUCUGUGAUUACUACAACCCGCAGGGGGAAUGUGAGUGGCACUACAAGCCUUGUGGGUCCCCUUGUAUGAAGACCUGCAGGAACCCAAGUGGAAAAUGCCUUCAUGAGUUACAAGGCUUGGAAGGCUGCUAUCCAAAGUGUCCAGAGGACAAGCCCUAUUUCGAUGAAGAUGAUAUGGAGUGUGUUGAUCACUGUGGCUGUUAUGAUGCCAAGGGAAAAUAUUACAAGCCAGGAACACCCAUUCGUUCAGAAGAGAACUGUCAAUCAUGUGAAUGCACAAUGAAUGGCAUUAAGUGUGAAUAUGAUGAAGAUGACUGCUACUGCACAUAUGAUGGAAAGCAAUAUGAGUAUGAGGAUGUCAUCUACAACACUACAGAUGGUAUUGGCGGGUGUAUCAUUGCAACUUGUGGUCACAAUGGAACAAUUGAUAGAAAAGUCUAUGCAUGUUCUACACCCUUAACCACAACACCGUUUGUAUUUUCCUCUUCAACACCUAUAUCCACCACAACAGUGACACCGACUACACCAGUCUGCGUUCGUGAAGUAUGUCAGUGGUCACAAUGGUAUGAUGUGAGCCAUCCAGGGCCUGGGAUCAACGAUGGAGAUUUUGACACUUUUGAUAACUUAAGAGACAAAGGUUAUAAAGUUUGCAAAGCUCCAAAGGCUGUUGAAUGCAGAGCUGAAAAAUUCCCAAACACACCAUUAAAUGAACUAGAGCAAAAGGUAGAAUGUAGUACAACAACGGGACUAAUAUGUUAUAAUAAGGAUCAGCAACAAAUGAUCUGUCACAACUUCCAGAUAAAAAUCUUAUGCUGUAGCUUUGUACCAUGUGAUUAUACAACUCCUGCUACCACAACGCCCGAGGAGACUACAACACCCAUCACAAAAACGACCACUCCAGAAACUACUGUAACCAGUAUCUCUUCAACAACUACAGCACUACCUACCAGCACAGAACCUAAAACAACUACUCUUUCCACAAGUACCAUGACCUCCAAAACUCCUUCCACAACUCCAGUCACAGAAACAGCGAGUGUGUCCACUUCAACUCUUAGAACCACAGCUCCAACAACAACAAUCCCUGAAACAACUGCUAGCCCUUCAACAGAAACUGUAUAUACUACAGGAGAAAUCACCUCCAUAACACCUUGUAAACCAAAAUGCAAAUGGUCUGAAUGGCAUGAUGUCCAUUUUCCCAGUCUGGACAAUAAAGGAGAUUCUGAAACAUAUGAUGAUAUUAGAGCUGCAGGAAAAGUGAUCUGCAGCAAACCUGAAAAUAUAGAAUGUCGAGCUGAGAAAUUCCCAGAAAAAUCAAUUGAUAACAUUGGCCAAACUGUCCAGUGCAAUGUAUCCUUUGGACUUGUCUGCAGGAAUGAAGAUCAGGAAGGAGUGCUCCAAAUGUGCUAUAACUAUCAAAUAAAAGUAUUCUGCUGUGAUGAUUUUAGUCAUUGCCCAUCCACAACUACAGAAACUACAACAACUGCAGGCACAACUAUUGUUUCAACGGAAACUUCCACCCAGACUCCUACAACUACAGAAACUACAACUUCAACAGUAAGAACUACACCUUCAACCACCACAACAACAGAAACCACAACCAAAGAAGUUACAACAGCUACUCCUUUAACAACCACCCCUGUAGAAACUACAACAAUCAUAACUAUACCUUUCACUACCACAACCACAGAAACUACAACUACUCUAGGCACACCCAUUGUUUCAACAGAAACGUCCACUCUGACUUCUACAACUACAGAAACUACAUCAACAGUAGGAACUACACAUUCAUCCACCACCAGCAUUGAAACUACAACAAUCACAACUACACCUUUCACUACCACAACCACACAAACUACAACAACCUCAGGCACUACAACCAUGACAACCCCUCACACUACUACUACAAUACCAACCACUACGCCAAUAACCUCAACACCAAUUCCAAGCACUUUUACAACUACAACUACUUCACCAACCACAACUCAAACCACCACCACAGAAUUUACCACAAUAGUAAGUACAACCACUACACCAACAACCACUGAAACUACCACAGCUGCAACUACUACACCUAUUUCAACAACAAAACCUACAUCAUCAAUAACAGUAACUACUCCAGCAAUAACCACAGUCUCAGAAACUACAACAGCUGUGACAACUGUUCCUAUAACAACUCCUGGUUGUUUUAAAGAACUAUGUGAAUGGUCACAAUGGUAUGAUGUAAGUUACCCAGGGUCUGCUAUCAAUGAUGGAGAUUUCGAUACAUUUAAGAAUAUAAGAGCUAAAGGAUACAAAGUAUGCAAAGCUCCAAAGGCUGUGGAAUGCAGAGCAGAAAGAUUCCCUAACACACCAUUAAAUGAGCUGGAGCAAAAUGUAAUAUGCAGCAAAACAGAAGGGCUGAUAUGUUAUAACAAGGAUCAACUUCCACCAAUCUGCUAUAAUUACCAGAUCAAAAUUCAGUGUUGCCAAAAUGUAAAUGUACCAUGCCCAGCCACUACAACGACAGUAACAACCAUCCCAACGACUACCCGAAUAGUAACAACCACCCCAGCCACUACCCCAAUUGUAACAACCACCCCAGCCACUACUCCAAGAGUAACAACCACCACAACAAUACUAACAACCACCCCAACUAUUACCCCAAUAGGAACAACCACCCCAGCCACUACUCCAAGAGUAACAACUACCCCAGCCACUACUCCAAGAGUAACAACCACCACAACAAUACUAACAACCACCCCAACCAUUACCCCAAUAGGAACAACCACCCCAGCCACUACUCCAAGAGUAACAACUACCCCAGCCACUACUCCAAGAGUAACAACCACCACAACAAUACUAACAACCACCCCAACCAUUACCCCAAUAGGAACAACCACCCCAGCCACUACUCCAAGAAUAACAACUACCCCAGCCACUACUCCAAGAGUAACAACCACCACAACAAUACUAACAACCACCCCAACCAUUACCCCAAUAGGAACAACCACCCCAGCCACUACUCCAAGAGUAACAACUACCCUAGCCACUACUCCAAGAGUAACAACCACCACAACAAUACUAACAACCACCCCAACCAUUACCCCAAGAGGAACAACUACCCCAGCCACUACUCCAAGAGUAACAACCACCACAACAAUAGUAACAACCACCCCAACCAUUACCCCAAUAGGAACAACCACCCCAGCCACUACUCCAAGAGUAACAACCACCACAACAAUACUAACAACCACCCCAACCAUUACCCCAAUAGGAACAACCACCCCAGCCACUACUCCAAGAGCAACAACCACCCCAGCUACUACCCGAAUAGAAACAACCACCCCAGCAACUACAACACCAGUAACAACCACUCCAACCACUACAACAGUGAAAAUCACCCCAGCUACGACCCGAAUAGAAACAACCACCCCAGCAACUACUCCAAUAGUAAAAACCACCCCAGCCACUACAACACCAGUAACAACCACUCCAGCCACUAAAACAGUGAAAACCACCCCAGCUACUACCCGAAUACAAACAGCCACCCCAGCAACUACUCCAAUAGUAAAAACCACCCCAGCCACAACAAAGACAGUAACAACAAGGACGACAGCAAUGACACACCACAUUAUUACCCAUAUAAAAACAACACAACCACCUCAGACAGGACCUAUAUAUCAAGAAACGACUAAAGCAAUGCACAGUACAACUAAAGAAACCACACUGGUGAAUAAAACAACACCAGAAAGAACUCCAGUCACAACAACAUCAACAAUCUCCACAACACUGCCAACUACCACAAUUGUAGAAACCACCACUAGUGAAACAACCCAAAGCACAACGACAAUUGGUACCACCUCUCUACCUACCACAGAAAUCCCCACAACAUCGCCAAGACCCACAACUCCACGAACAUCUACUUCCUCAACUACAACAUGUAAGCCAAAGUGCACAUGGUCCAAAUGGUUUGAUGUCGAUUUUCCCUCUUCUGGACCUAAAGAAGGAGACAUUGAAACCUACAACAACAUAAGGGCAGCAGGAGAGAGAAUCUGCAGAAAGCCUGAAAAUAUUGAGUGUAGGGCAGAAAACUACCCGGACAUAAGCAUCAACCAGAUCGGUCAAGUUGUGCAGUGCGAUGUCAAUUUCGGGCUGGUGUGCAAAAAUGAGGAUCAAAUUGGGAAAUUUAAAAUGUGUUUCAAUUACGAGGUACGAGUUUUGUGCUGUGAAGAAAACCCUAACUGCCCAACCACAACCAGAAGUAUCGCGACCACAACUACACGUAUGCCACCAACUACACUCAAAGAAACCAUCACUGAAGUCACAACUUCGCCUAAACCACCAGUCACAGAAACACCAGGAACUACCACUUCUGAAACAACUCCAAUCACUACACCUAAAAGUAUAACCAGAAGCACAAUGGGCACCACCACUCUGCCUCCCAAAGAAACCACCACAACAUCAACAAUCUCCACAACACUGCCAACUACCACAAUUGUAGAAACCACCACUAGUGAAACAACCCAAAGUACAACCACAACUGGUACUACCUCUCUACCUACCACAGAAAUCCCCACAACAUCGCCAAGACCCACAACUCCACGAACAUCUACUUCCUCAACUACAACAUGUCAGCCAACGUGCACAUGGUCCAAAUGGUUUGAUGUCGAUUUUCCCUCUUCUGGACCUAAAGAAGGAGACAUUGAAACCUACAACAACAUAAGGGCAGCAGGAGAGAGAAUCUGCAGAAAGCCCGAAAAUAUUGAGUGUAGGGCAGAAAAUUACCCGGACAUAAGCAUCGACCAGAUCGGUCAAGUUGUGCAGUGCGAUGUCAAUUUCGGGCUGGUGUGCAAAAAUGAGGAUCAAAUUGGGAAAUUUAAAAUGUGUUUCAAUUACGAGGUACGAGUUUUGUGCUGUGAAGAAAACCCUAACUGCCCAACCACAACCAGAAGUAUCGCGACCACAACUACACGUAUGCCACCAACUACACUCAAAGAAACCACCACUGAAGUCACAACUUCGCCUAAACCACCAGUCACAGAAACACCAGGAACUACCACUUCUGAAACAACUCCAAUCACUACACCUAAAAGUACAACCAGAAGCACAACGGGCACCACCACUCUGCCUCCCAAAGAAACCACCACAACAUCAACAAUCUCCACAACACUGCCAACUACCACAAUUGUAGAAACCACCACUAGUGAAACAACCCAAAGUACAACGACAACUGGUACCACCACUCUACCUACCACAGAAAUCCCCACAGCAUCGCCAAGACCCACAACUCCACGAACAUCUACUUCCUCACCUACAACAUGUCAGCCAACGUGCACAUGGUCCAAAUGGUUUGAUGUCGAUUUUCCCUCUUCUGGACCUAAAGAAGGAGACAUUGAAACCUAUAACAACAUAAGGGCAGCAGGAGAGAUAAUCUGCAGAAAGCCCGAAAAUAUUGAGUGUAGGGCAGAACAUUACCCGGACAUAAGCAUCGACCAGAUCGGUCAAGUUGUGCAGUGCGAUGUCAAUUUCGGGCUGGUGUGCAAAAAUGAGGAUCAAAUUGGGAAAUUAAAAAUGUGUUUCAAUUACGAGGUACGAGUUUUGUGCUGUGAAGAAAACCCUAACUGCCCAACCACAACCAGAAGUAUUGCGACCACAACUACACGUAUGCCACCAACUACACUCAAAGAAACCACCACUGAAGUCACAACUUCGCCUAAACCACCAGUCACAGAAACACCAGGAACUACCACUUCUGAAACAACUCCAAUCACUACACCUAAAAGUACAACCAGAAGGACAACGGGCACCACCACUCUGCCUCCCAAAGAAACCACCACAACAUCAACAAUCUCCACAACACUGCCAACUACCACAAUUGUAGAAACCACCACUAGUGAAACAACCCAAAGUACAACCACAACUGGUACCACCACUCUACCUACCACAGAAAUCCCCACAACAUCGCCAAGACCCACAACUCCACGAACAUCUACUUCCUCAACUACAACAUGUCAGCCAACGUGCACAUGGUCCAAAUGGUUUGAUGUCGAUUUUCCCUCUUCUGGACCUAAAGAAGGAGACAUUGAAACCUACAACAACAUAAGGGCAGCAGGAGAGAGAAUCUGCAGAAAGCCCGAAAAUAUUGAGUGUAGGGCAGAAAAUUACCCGGACAUAAGCAUCGACCAGAUCGGUCAAGUUGUGCAGUGCGAUGUCAAUUUCGGGCUGGUGUGCAAAAAUGAGGAUCAAAUUGGGAAAUUUAAAAUGUGUUUCAAUUACGAGGUACGAGUUUUGUGCUGUGAAGAAAACCCUAACUGCCCAACCACAACCAGAAGUAUCGCGACCACAACUACACGUAUGCCACCAACUACACUCAAAGAAACCACCACUGAAGUCACAACUUCGCCUAAACCACCAGUCACAGAAACACCAGGAACUACCACUUCUGAAACAACUCCAAUCACUACACCUAAAAGUACAACCAGAAGCACAACGGGCACCACCACUCUGCCUCCCAAAGAAACCACCACAACAUCAACAAUCUCCACAACACUGCCAACUACCACAAUUGUAGAAACCACCACUAGUGAAACAACCCAAAGUACAACCACAACUGGUACCACCACUCUACCUACCACAGAAAUCCCCACAACAUCGCCAAGACCCACAACUCCACGAACAUCUACUUCCUCAACUACAACAUGUCAGCCAACGUGCACAUGGUCCAAAUGGUUUGAUGUCGAUUUUCCCUCUUCUGGACCUAAAGAAGGAGACAUUGAAACCUAUAACAACAUAAGGGCAGCAGGAGAGAUAAUCUGCAGAAAGCCCGAAAAUAUUGAGUGUAGGGCAGAACAUUACCCGGACAUAAGCAUCGACCAGAUCGGUCAAGUUGUGCAGUGCGAUGUCAAUUUCGGGCUGGUGUGCAAAAAUGAGGAUCAAAUUGGGAAAUUAAAAAUGUGUUUCAAUUACGAGGUACGAGUUUUGUGCUGUGAAGAAAACCCUAACUGCCCAACCACAACCAGAAGUAUUGCGACCACAACUACACGUAUGCCACCAACUACACUCAAAGAAACCACCACUGAAGUCACAACUUCGCCUAAACCACCAGUCACAGAAACACCAGGAACUACCACUUCUGAAACAACUCCAAUCACUACACCUAAAAGUACAACCAGAAGGACAACGGGCACCACCACUCUGCCUCCCAAAGAAACCACCACAACAUCAACAAUCUCCACAACACUGCCAACUACCACAAUUGUAGAAACCACCACUAGUGAAACAACCCAAAGUACAACCACAACUGGUACCACCACUCUACCUACCACAGAAAUCCCCACAACAUCGCCAAGACCCACAACUCCACGAACAUCUACUUCCUCAACUACAACAUGUCAGCCAACGUGCACAUGGUCCAAAUGGUUUGAUGUCGAUUUUCCCUCUUCUGGACCUAAAGAAGGAGACAUUGAAACCUACAACAACAUAAGGGCAGCAGGAGAGAGAAUCUGCAGAAAGCCCGAAAAUAUUGAGUGUAGGGCAGAAAAUUACCCGGACAUAAGCAUCGACCAGAUCGGUCAAGUUGUGCAGUGCGAUGUCAAUUUCGGGCUGGUGUGCAAAAAUGAGGAUCAAAUUGGGAAAUUUAAAAUGUGUUUCAAUUACGAGGUACGAGUUUUGUGCUGUGAAGAAAACCCUAACUGCCCAACCACAACCAGAAGUAUCGCGACCACAACUACACGUAUGCCACCAACUACACUCAAAGAAACCACCACUGAAGUCACAACUUCGCCUAAACCACCAGUCACAGAAACACCAGGAACUACCACUUCUGAAACAACUCCAAUCACUACACCUAAAAGUACAACCAGAAGCACAACGGGCACCACCACUCUGCCUCCCAAAGAAACCACCACAACAUCAACAAUCUCCACAACACUGCCAACUACCACAAUUGUAGAAACCACCACUAGUGAAACAACCCAAAGUACAACGACAACUGGUACCACCACUCUACCUACCACAGAAAUCCCCACAGCAUCGCCAAGACCCACAACUCCACGAACAUCUACUUCCUCAACUACAACAUGUCAGCCAACGUGCACAUGGUCCAAAUGGUUUGAUGUCGAUUUUCCCUCUUCUGGACCUAAAGAAGGAGACAUUGAAACCUAUAACAACAUAAGGGCAGCAGGAGAGAUAAUCUGCAGAAAGCCCGAAAAUAUUGAGUGUAGGGCAGAAAAUUACCCGGACAUAAGCAUCGACCAGAUCGGUCAAGUUGUGCAGUGCGAUGUCAAUUUCGGGCUGGUGUGCAAAAAUGAGGAUCAAAUUGGGAAAUUUAAAAUGUGUUUCAAUUACGAGGUACGAGUUUUGUGCUGUGAAGAAAACCCUAACUGCCCAACCACAACCAGAAGUAUCGCAACCACAACUACACGUAUGCCACCAACUACACUCAAAGAAACCACCACUGAAGUCACAACUUCGCCUAAACCACCAGUCACAGAAACACCAGGAACUACCACUUCUGAAACAACUCCAAUCACUACACCUAAAAGUACAACCAGAAGCACAACGGGCACCACCACUCUGCCUCCCAAAGAAACCACCACAACAUCAACAAUCUCCACAACACUGCCAACUACCACAAUUGUAGAAACCACCACUAGUGAAACAACCCAAAGUACAACCACAACUGGUACCACCACUCUACCUACCACAGAAAUCCCCACAACAUCGCCAAGACCCACAACUCCACGAACAUCUACUUCCUCACCUACAACAUGUCAGCCAACGUGCACAUGGUCCAAAUGGUUUGAUGUCGAUUUUCCCUCUUCUGGACCUAAAGAAGGAGACAUUGAAACCUACAACAACAUAAGGGCAGCAGGAGAGAAAAUCUGCAGAAAGCCUGAAAAUAUUGAGUGUAGGGCAGAAAAUUACCCGGACAUAAGCAUCGACCAGAUCGGUCAAGUUGUGCAGUGCGAUGUCAAUUUCGGGCUGGUGUGCAAAAAUGAGGAUCAAAUUGGGAAAUUUAAAAUGUGUUUCAAUUAUGAGGUACGUGUUUUGUGCUGUGAAGAAAACCCUAACUGCCGAACCACAACCAGAAGUAUCGCGACCACAACUACACGUAUGCCACCAACUACACUCAAAGAAACCACCACUGAAGUCACAACUUCGCCUAAACCACCAGUCACAGAAACACCAGGAACUACCACUUCUGAAACAACUCCAAUCACUACACCUAAAAGUACAACCAGAAGCACAACGGGCACCACCGCUCUGCCUCCCAAAGAAACCACCACAACAUCAACAAUCUCCACAACACUGCCAACUACCACAAUUGUAGAAACCACCACUAGUGAAACAACCCAAAGUACAACCACAACUGGUACCACCACUCUACCUACCACAGAAAUCCCCACAACAUCGCCAAGACCCACAACUCCACGAACAUCUACUUCCUCACCUACAACAUGUCAGCCAACGUGCACAUGGUCCAAAUGGUUUGAUGUCGAUUUUCCCUCUUCUGGACCUAAAGAAGGAGACAUUGAAACCUACAACAACAUAAGGGCAGCAGGAGAGAAAAUCUGCAGAAAGCCUGAAAAUAUUGAGUGUAGGGCAGAAAAUUACCCGGACAUAAGCAUCGACCAGAUCGGUCAAGUUGUGCAGUGCGAUGUCAAUUUCGGGCUGGUGUGCAAAAAUGAGGAUCAAAUUGGGAAAUUUAAAAUGUGUUUCAAUUACGAGGUACGUGUUUUGUGCUGUGAAGAAAAUGUAAAUUGUCCUGUUACAACCUCAGUUUUGUCAACAACGCCAACACGAGUAACCACGCCAACUGUCUCAAGUACACAAACAGGAACAACAGAAGUAACCAUGACAACUACUCACUGUUUUUGCCAAAUUGAGGAUGCUGUUUUUGCACCUGGUGAAAUUAUUUACAACAGAACAGACAAGGAUGGAUGUAAUUUUUAUGCCAUUUGUAGUAAAACAUGUUCAGUGGAGCGAUUUAAGGGACCAUGUAACUCAACAACUCCAGCAACAACAAAUACACCGACAACUUCAACAUCUAUACCAACUACAACUCCCACUACAACAGUUAGUUCAACCACUAAAAUUGAGUGUCCUGAUGCUAAACCUCCCAGAAAGACAGGUGAAACAUGGAAGAUAUCCAACUGUACCACUGCAACUUGCGAGGGAAAUAACAAAGUCGUUAUACAGCAAAUAAAAUGCCCACCUGUAAAGAAAAUUACCUGUGCCAAUGGAUACCCACCAGUAAAGGUCUUCAGUGAGGAUGGCUGCUGUUACCAUUAUGAAUGUGAAUGUGUCUGUAGUGGCUGGGGUGACCCUCACUACAUUACAUUCGAUGGAACCUAUUACACAUUCCUUGACAACUGCACAUAUACCCUUGUGAAGCAGAUUACCCCUAAAUAUGACAACUUCCGUGUUGACAUUGACAAUUACUUCUGCGAUGCAGACGAUGGACUUUCCUGUCCUCAGUCCAUUAUUGUUUACUACAAGUCCAUGGUGGUAGUGCUGACGCGUGAACUCUAUAAUGGAGUGAUGGCUAAUAAGAUUAUCUUCAAUAAAAUGAUUGUCAAACCAGGCUUCCAGAAAGAUGGCAUUUCUGUUUCCAUGCUUGGCAUCAACAUGGUUGUUGAAAUACCUGAGAUUGGAGCUACCAUCAUCUUCAGUGGGUUGAUCUUCUCAGUGAAACUCCCAUUCAGCAAAUUUGGCAAUAACACUGAAGGACAGUGUGGUACAUGCACAAACAUUAAAUCAGAUGACUGCCGCUUGCCAAGUGGUAAGAUCAUUCCUUCUUGUACCCAAAUGGCUCCCUAUUGGAAGGUUGACGAUGGCAAGAAGCGAUACUGUGUAGGAACACCAACACCACCAACACCAAGACCCAGCACCCCAACUCCAGCUCCCAGCUGUCCCCCUUCUGCUCUUUGCAAGAUAAUUUUGAGCGAAGUCUUUGAAGAAUGCCACAAGGUGAUACCACCACAAGAUUUUUACAAGGGCUGUGUCUUUGAUGCAUGUUUCAUGACCAAUACAUCCAUGCAGUGUUCCAGCUUGGAGAUAUAUGCCACUCUGUGUGCCACAAGAGGUGUUUGUAUUGACUGGAGAGGAGAGACCAAAGGCAAAUGCCCAUAUAAAUGUCCAGUGGACAAAGUAUAUAAGCCAUGUGGGCCUCUUAAUCCUGCUACCUGUGAUUCAAGGGCUAUUCAACACAAUGGCACUGGCCUAACUGAAGGAUGUUUCUGCCCUGAAGGACAGUUUCUCUUCAAUGAAAACAGCGGUGUUUGUGUCCCUCACUGUCGUAUCUGUAUAGGACCAGAUGGACUGCCCAAAUUACCUGGAGACCAGUGGAAAAGCAAUUGCCAGAACUGUGUUUGUGACAAGGACACUCUCAUAGUGCAGUGUACAAAACAACAGUGUAAACCACUCCCACCAGUCUCUUGUGAUGACCCAGGGUUUGUACCUGUGCAGUCACUGACACAAGAAGACCCAUGCUGUGUCCAGACUGAAUGCCGAUGUGACACUAGCAAGUGCCCUGAAUCAGUGGCCAGCUGUCAACCAGGAUACGAGUUAAUCCCAGAAGUAUUAAAUGGAAAUUGUUGUACUAUCUUCACAUGUAAGCUAAUACCAGGCUGUGUAACCAAUGGAACUUUCUACAUGCCUGGAGCUGUCAUUCCAAAAGGUACCUGUGAAAACUGCACCUGCUCUGCUGAAGUAGAGCCAGACAGUCAGAGAAACAUUGUUGACUGCCAGCCCAUUCCAUGUGACACAGAGUGCCCAGUGGGCUAUACAUAUAAGAUGAAAUCUGGACAGUGCUGUGGUGAGUGUGUACAGGAGGCUUGUGUACUGAAGUUGGAGGAUAAUACAGUCCAUGUGCUUCAGGCUGGAAAAGACUGGCACAAGCCCGGUGAUAACUGUACCUCCUAUAUAUGUGAACAAAUUGAGGAUCAGUUUAUCCCUGUCACUGUAAGGAAAGUCUGUGGAACCAUGUACCCAGAAAACUGCGACCCGGCUGAUAUCAAGCUAAGUGACGAUGGCUGCUGCAAAAUAUGCUCACCAAGCCAAAAAAUUUGUAGACUGUAUAAUACUACCACUGUCAUCAGUCACAAUGAAUGCCACUCUUCUGUGCCCGUUGAACUAACAUACUGCGAAGGCAACUGUGAUACUUCUUCAAUGUAUUCCCCUGAGGCGAAUGUGAUGCAGCACACGUGCAAGUGUUGUCAGGAGGUCAAGACCAGCAAAAGACAGGUGACCCUGAGCUGCCCUGAUGGAAGCACCACUGAUUACUCAUACAUCCACGUGGAGCAGUGCGAUUGUGCGGGCACAGAGUGCAUCCCCCAAACCCCUCCCACCACUCCAGCACAGCAGCAGGAGCAAGAAGAGCAACAACAGGAACAGAUCCAGCCGCAACAAGAGCAGUCCUAGAACCAGGAGCAGAACCAGAAAAAUGAACCAAAACCAGGAAGAGUAGAAUAUAGACUGAAAUAAAUCUUUUCACUUUUUUUCCCCUAAUAAUAAACAAGUAUCCAAAGCAGCUAGAAUCUUGGACAUAUGGAUGAAAUUCCUGUAUACAGCCUAGAAAUUUCUGUUUCCUAAUUAUUUCAGCUUCCAUUAUCAAUGGGUCUCAUUGCUUUGAGUGUCUUCUUUUAACUUGAGAGUUGCAGCAUUAGGAAAUCUUGAGGUUUGUUUUUUCUCGGCGAUGCUAUAUGACUGACAGCUUUUCCUUCAGUAGGGUGGGGUGGGUGGAACUAUACUCUAUUUCCACGGCACUUUUAGGAAGUCCUUGAAGUAAACUAUAGUCUCUUUUUGGCUUGAAAUUUUCCCUGUGGUGAUUCUGAUACUGACUGCCCAAGGCCAAGCAGCCAAACAUCACUGCGUCAUUAAUAAUUUUUCACUAGUCACAGUCAUUACAGUGUGUCCCACACCCACCUGACACUGACUAAUCAUUGCAUUGAAUUAGACAACUUUUAAAAUCCCCUUUGAUUCCAGUUCAGUUAGGCAGUGUCAACAAUUCAAGUCCAGGAAAAACACAGACUAUCGCUCUCACCUUCCUACCUUUUUGUUUGUUUGCUUGUUUGUUGUUUUAGCAUUAAAGAGAGUUUAGGUUAUAGUAACUGCAUCUUCUCAAACUUUAAAGAUACUGGGGGGUUUUGUGGUGUUGUAGGAAAGAAAGGAAGGAAGAAAGAAACCCUAUCAUACAAGGCUGCUGCAGACUAUCCUAUGUUUACAUGAGAUCAUCAGCAUAGUAAAUGAAUGAAAAUUUGGAUGUUUGUAUUAUUUGUUUUUGGUUAACUGUUUACAUAAGAAAUAUAUUUUUUGCCAAAAGGGGUAGAUGAAGGAUUUUUGUAAACAAAAGUAAUAAUAAUAGUAAUAUAAAUUCUUUCCUAGGAAGCUGAGAUUUUUUUAAAAUGUUGUAUCAUUGCUAUUUAUUUUGUUUCUGGGAAAAAUAAGUGUACUGGACCAUUUCUUCCACAAUUAAUGUUGCCCCCAUUUUCUAGCGUUAGUGGGUAUCUGGUUGUGGGAUGUUUUCUUUUUCUAUUUUGUUUGUUUCCUAAGAAGAAAAAAGUUAUGAUGAUUAAUAAACUUUUAGCAUUUUGCAA